AUGGCGAAGGAAUUUCCGUCAAACUGCGUCGUUUUAAGACGAUUUUGCUGCUUGAAGUGGACGGUGGCGAUGGUGGUGACGGCGGCGUGCUUGUUCGUGUUAUGGCCGUGGAGUCCGGAGAUGAAGAUCGAGCGGAUGCACGUGAAGCGCGUGAAGGUGCACCCGCUGCCGCCAGUGGGGGCGGACGUGUGGAUAUCGCUGUCGGUGAAGGUGAUGAACCGCGGCAUGUACUGGCUGGACCUGAUGGAUGUGGAUGUGGGAGUGAAAUACCGGGGGAAGAAGAUGGGUCACGUGGAAUCGGAGGGGUGGCACGUGCGGAGUUGGGCCGCAACGAACGUGGACGGUGACCUGGAGUUUAGUGGGCUUCCAUCUGCCGAGGUGGCCCAUUUGCUGGAGGACAUUGCGAAGGGUAAGGUCUACUUUCACACCGUUAUCGAGGUCGCUGGUGAAUACGGCCUUUUCGCCAUUUCCAUCCCUGUCGCAUUUAAGACAAUACUGGCAUGUGAGAUAUUGGUGGAUACAAAAAACCAUUCAAUCCUUCUUCAACACUGUAUUUACAAGGUAAGCUUUUUUUAUACAAUUAUUUGGUCUUAG